CAUUGGUCAGUCAGCCACUGAUCGAAAACUAAGACAAGGGCAAGAUAGACAAAAAGCAGUAGAUAAUAAUAGCCUCGAUAUGUCGAAGAGUCGAGGCAGAUGAACGACAGAUUGAGUAGCUGUGCUCGCCACCUUGAAAACACCAGCCAUUCAUCGGCUGACCUAAAGCCAAUCUGCCCGGUACGGAUAUAGAACAGCGAAGUUCAAAAUCCUCUUAAGCGACAUCAUGAUGAAAGUAUCAGUUCGCGUGCGGGGCGAGUGGCUGGCUGUGCCGUGUCCUGAUCCGAAGCAAUCCAUCUCUUGGCUAGGAGAAGAGGCCUUACGACGGUAUACGAAGCUACAACCCGCCACGUAUAUCGGCAACGACGAAAAGGUUUUUGAGAUCCGAAAAACCCGAGGCGGCGCCAUACUUGACGGAGAAGACGAAAUACAGAGCGUUCUGGACAAUAACGAUUUCGUAUCUGUGGUAUUGGAGUCCGAUCGUCCAUCGCCGAUUACGGGUCCCCAGGAGUUGAACUACGUCCCAGAGAUGGUACCCGGAGACUUCAAGUCACCAGCUCAAGAAAUCAGCAUCGAUGGAAACAAUUUGUCCCCUGAAGAACUCCUGGAUCUUGGGAGAGGCAAAUACAAGAUUCGGCUAUCGCACGAUGCGGUGACACGCGUCACCGAAUCGCGAAAGAUGCUCGAACAAAUCCUAGAAGAGAACCAAGUGGCGUAUGGGAUCAACACGGGAUUCGGGAAAUUCGCAAGGGUUGUGGUACCUGAAGACAAGCUGAUAGAGCUUCAACAAAAUCUCGUGCGUUCUCACGCUGCCGGAGUGGGGCCUCCACUGUCGCCGGAAAAAGCUCGUAUGCUUUUAGCAUUACGGAUUAACGUCUUAGCUAAAGGCUACUCAGGAGUGUCAAUCAGUACAUUGCAACAACUGGUUGAUGCUUUCAAUGCAAAUUGUCUUUCGUGGGUGCCCGAACAAGGGACAGUGGGCGCAAGUGGCGAUCUGGCACCCCUUGCACAUUUGGCCCUCGGUUUAAUCGGCGAAGGUCGAAUGUGGAGUCCUGAGACUGGGUGGGGUGACGCCAAAUACGUGCUGGAAGCGCAUGACUUAAAGCCGAUUCACUUAAAGCCAAAGGAGGGCCUAUGCAUGCUUAAUGGAACUCAGCUAAUUACUUCGAUAGGUGCAGAAGCUUUGGAACGGGCCUCAAAUAUCUGCCGACAGGCUGACGUCGUCUGUGCACUAACAUUAGAAGUUCUUAAAGGAACAACGCGUGCCUUUGAUGGCGAUAUCCAAAAAAUUCGUCCUCAUUGGGGCCAGGCGCUGGUUGCCAAACGGUUACGCGCCCUGCUGCAUUCUGACGUUCAUCCUUCUGAUAUAGCUCAGUCUCACCGCUUCUGUAAUCGCGUUCAGGAUGCGUACACAAUCAGAUGUUGCCCACAGGUGCAUGGCAUUGUACACGACACCUUAGAUUUCGUGCGCAGGAUUAUCACCACGGAAAUGAACAGCGCCACUGAUAAUCCGUUGGUAUUCGUAGAGCGCAACGAAAUUAUUUCUGGAGGAAACUUCCACGGCGAGUACCCAGCAAAGGCACUUGAUUAUUUGGCAAUUGCGGUUCAUGAAUUGGCUUCAAUGUCGGAGCGGCGUAUCGAACGACUGAUUAAUCCGGCUCUUUCAGAACUUCCCGCGUUCCUCGUCAAGGACGGAGGGCUCAAUUCGGGCUUCAUGCUUGCACAUUGCACGGCCGCUUCUCUCGUUACAGAGAAUAAAGUUCUCUGUCAUCCAGCAUCGAUUGACUCCAUACCAACAAGCGCUGGAACAGAAGAUCACGUAUCGAUGGGAGGGAUGGCAGCGCGGAAAGCACUCAAAGUUGUCGAAAAUGUCGAGCACGUGUUGGCAAUCGAACUUCUGGCCGCGUGUCAAGCCAUCGAAUUUUUACGACCCCUCAAGACAACUGCGCCGCUCGAGGCUGUGUACAACCUUGUGCGAAUAGUUGCAAAAGCGUGGGACAAAGACCGCUUUAUGGCUCCUGAUAUCGACAGCGUCACAUUGAUAUUAAAAGAUGGCCGUGUUUGGGACGCUGUAAAGCCAUACCUUGAUAAAUUUCUCCUCGUCCAGGAAAUCGAAACGCGAAUGCCAUCUCCAACUUCUUCUCAGCGAGGACUAAAACGGGGUAUAAAGCAGCAGUAUAACGUGCAGCGCACCAAACAGCGUUGCCAGGUGACACGUGAGGUUAAAGGGUCAAAAGACAGCAAAGAAUCGAACCGCAAUGAUCCGGCGGCUGCAGGCGAUGAUGACGACUUUUAAGCGGAACGUUUUUUUUUUUCAUAAAGGCCAAAAUCAUGUAUGAGUAUGAUACAGCGUUUGUCAAAAUAUUUUGUCUCUGCACGCAAAUGCGAAGCAUCUAACAUUCAAACAUGUUCCGCAUUAUACACUAUAGGCGGGAGGGAACAACGUAGCGUUCACUGCAGCAAAUGUAUCGAGCAAAACGAUCUGAACUAUUAAAAUGGGCAAAUUUAUAAAAUUGAAAAAAUAAUCAUUCAAGGUAUUCCUACAUUGUCCUGAAUCUGUCCAGUUUUUGGUCCUAAUUAUUAGUCCGUUUUUCUCCCUAUUUCUUGCUGUUCUCUUUUCCGUGUGCUCGUUGCAACGCGUCUGAAGCACCCGUAUCCGAAGACAACGUAAAAAGACAACCUGCCGAAAAAAUUCAGCUUGUCCUAACUAUCCUGAAGAGGAAGGACGAAAUGAGCAGGCUUUCGUUGAAUAGGCGUACACGUGUUUCUUGAUGUAAUGGCUAGAAACGAAGGUAUACUCUGAUCGUUAUACUCCAAAGAGCUAUAUCGUUCUCGAUCAUUUAAACAAAAGCAUACAAUUUCAAACUACGGACGCGAUGCUUUAACAACGAUCUAAUUAAUAGCGAUUUUUAUAUAAUAAUCACUUUGCAAUAACACUGAUAAUUAGCGGAAUACUGGAUUCCACGGGCUGCCAACCUGUUACCAUAAAAGCAACUUGAAGAACUGCUCAGGCGGUCCUUAGAACCUCAAAUGUGCAUAGAUAGCGACAGCUUCGGUAGGUUUCGUAGAAAAGAUGUAAUAUGGACAUUUGAAAAUUCGAUGGACUAAAAAAACUUGGUUUUUAUUAAAAGUAAAUCCAAUGUG